AUGAGUUCAGAAACAACACCUGCAGAAACAGAAAAGGCAGAAAAGGCAGCUAAAGAAGUUGAACGUGCUAAACAAGUAGCAGAGGAGACACGUCGCCUGUCCGAUAAUAAAUCUAAAGAACUGGCUGCUGAAUUACAAAAGAAACUUGAUGAUGCCGAGCAAAAAAGAGAAGAAAUUUAUAAGGAACGUGUCAAGAAAACUGAAGAUGAAAAAAAAUAA